AUGGGUAUACAGCGUGUGUCAGAGUCUGUGUUUGUGGAACUGCUUUACAUAGUGGGGACCUCACAGGAGGUGAUUAUGAGGAGAGAGAUAGUGGACAUCAGGGACACGAUGUUAAAUCAAGUGAAACUGACAAUAGAAGACAGGGCGAUGACUAGUGGGAGUAGAAGAGAAGGAUUUAGGCUAAAAGGAUCAGAUGUAGACUAUAUGUUCUGGCCAACUGACCACACGGUAAUAUGGAAUUUAAAUCAGGUACAGAAUUACGACUUAAAUAGAAAAACAUUGAUUCUCUGUGAUUGUUCUGAAAGCCCUCCAGGAUUUGCCUUACUUCAAUUACUGACAUCAACACAAAAGGAAAGUGUAAAGUAUGCAUGUAUAAGAAUAAACAGCAGACUCUAUAUAUCCAGUUCCAAAUACAGAAAGAUCACACGUUCAGCGCUUUUUCCUAAUUCUAAGGAACAUGGCCCUUGUGGUAGUGGUGUUGUAGUGGGAGGAGAUUAUGACCAUGCCGAGUGUUUUGUCUGUGAUUUUUGGCCCCCUCCUGCCUCCAAAUGGAUAGACAGAUGCCACUCAUGGCCCCAUUCUUAUAUUGUUGAUGACAUAGUUAGAAAUGGAUGCCACUUUGUAGCAAUUGGACACAAACUAGGAAAACACGCAGACAAAGAAUGGAGAAUUUCCUUCUCUUUAGCAGAACAAAAACUUGUAUACUCAAUGAAUCAUUGCCAAUUCUUAACCUAUGGGUUGCUUAAAUUGUUCUUAAAAGAGUCUAUUAAUGAUGGAUUAAGUGAUGAGGAUAAAUCACUCUGUUCAUAUCACAUGAAGACAGCAGUUUUCUGGGUGAUUCAACAAAACAUAUUGCCUCAAUGGCAUCCACAAAAUAUCCUUGAGUGUUUCUGGAUUUGUUUUAAAAUUAUCCUUAAAUGGGUAUAUGAGGGGGUAUGUCCAAACUUUUUUAUUCCAGAAAACAACAUGUUUCUGAGUAGUAUCCAUGGUGAAGCACAAAAAAAUUUAUUUAUUAGGCUUCAUGAAUUGUAUGAGAAGGGUAUAGUAUCACUGCUUCAUAUUCCAUCUAUCGAGUCUAAGAUUACAAGUGUCCUUCAAAAUCCAAGACAAUCUGUUGGUACAGAUGAACACAUUCUGAUCUCCAAGGUUUCAUUUGCAAUAGAUCUAUUUAAUGAGUUGCAUCAUAUUAUUCUACCAACACCAGUCCUACAUAAAUGUAUUAGGUUCUUCAAUGCUGUAGAAAAGUUGAUAAUUUUACCCCUGACUCAGAACCAAGUUCUCUUGUUACAGAGGCUAACAGCCUCUAUACUCCAAAAGACUGCUUUUAUGUUAUACAAGCUUUUAACUGUUUUUGCACCACUCAAGAUAAAUUCUAGCUCAGUUAUAAACAAGCAGGUGUAUAUGACUAAUAAAACAUCCAGUAAUAUGCUGAAAUUAGCAGCCAAGUUUGGGUGUAUCUCAGACAUGUUAUAUAUUGCAAUGUUUUACUACAAGACUCUUAGAUAUAAAGAAGCUUUAUUAGCUAUAGAGAUGACAAAGGUCAAGUUAGCAAAGCCAAACGUAAUGUAUGUCAGCCAUUUAUCUAAUGAUAUCUUGUGUUACAGACAUGUAGACCCAAUAAGAGCACAAACAACUCUAGAUAUCCUACAGUUCCUAGUCCACCAUGAUCAGGGGAUGUAUAUAGAGAUACACAAAAGAGACAUAUCCUGGCAGAUUCUAGGGAUCUGUCAACAGGUUACAGGGAACCAUCAAGCUGCUCUGUAUUCCUACCAACAAGCUCUCAGACAUACAUCACACAACAUACAAACUGCUGCAUUGAUGAGAAUACAAGAAAUCAUGGGACUCAUGCACAGAAAUCAUUAAUAAUAUAUCACGAUUGUUUCCUGUCAGAGUUCAGCAAUUCAGAACUUUUCUUCGAGAGAAG